UUUACGGGUGAACGUGGAAUUUAUCCUGUGUUAAAAGAGAGAUUAUUCGAAGUUUUGAAUAAUUAUCCAAAGAUUCGAAAAACGAUCGAAAUAGUUUUAUCUUUCGGCUGUAUGGUUACGAUUAAUUACAGUUAUCAGCAGCCCUUUGAUGUAACUUUAAAUAUUUUAAAUAGCCAUUGUUAAUUAAAGCUAAGUGAUGAAAGUAAAGCGCGGUUUCGCGCUCGCUAUGUAAAUGGAAAAUCUAAUAAGAGGAUACCCGCAAUCUAAGGGAGGCAAGUAGAAAAUGCCGCGCGCGCGAACGGAAGUGUUUGACGUGGUGGAAGUGGAGAAACCGUCGAGGUGCAUCAGAUUCCUCCGGCUGCUAUGGAAAGUCAGCAGAUGCAUCUUCUCUCACGUGACGUUAAUCUCUUUGGUGGUUGCUUAUUGUCUAAUCGGCGCAUACGCUUUCGAGUCACUGGAAGCGGAACAUGAGAGGGAGGUGAAGAUGAGUAUCAAGAGUAUACGAGGAAACGUUUCGGAAAAGCUAUGGGAAAUUACGAAAGAUUUCGACGUGUUGAUUCGCGAAAAUUGGACAGAGCAGGCAUUGAACAAGCUGGAGGAAUUUGAAAAACGCCUUUUGGAAAAAAUGGAGAAGGAAGGAUGGGAUGGGAAUGAAAAGGAAGAUAAAUUGCAAUGGACAUUUUCCGGUGCUCUCUUCUAUUCCAUUAUCGUCAUCACAACAAUUGGAUACGGUCACAUUUCACCAAAAACGAGAGAUGGAAAAGUAGUGACUAUUUUUUACGCCAUUCUCGGCAUUCCGCUUAUGUUGCUCUGCCUAUCAAAUAUCGGAGACGUGAUGGCGACGAGUUUUAGGUUUCUAUAUUGGAAAGUGUGCUGUUACGUGUGCACGAAACCACCAAAAAAACGACGAGGACGUAACAAUCUGGUUAGGUCGUAUUCUGUUCGUCAACCAGGGCGGUAUGGAUCAAGUAGAGGUCCUUUUCGUCGAUCCAUCAGAGUGAGUCAACGAUCAGCUGACUCGGCCUUAGGGCUCUCCGAAAGUAUGACAAAAUCUUCAUACUCUGAUACUGAUUGUAGGUAUAUGUCUCGACGAAUGGAAGGAAAUGAAUCAAAACCAAUCGGUUAUACACCUACAAAUCAUCCAAUGGAAAUUAAGGCCGCAACUAUGCCACGUUAUUCGGAUAUUCCAAUGACUCCGAGAAGCAUAAGAGCCAGUCCCAAAAUAACGACACAGUCGCUGGACAGAAAAUUACUGAUGAAUCCGAAUGAAGCGGAUCGCUCACCGGUUUUGUGCAACAGAUAUGCAUUGGAUGAUUUGGAAGAUGAAACGUCGAGGUGGCAGUUGUCUCAAAAUAAAGUCGAGAACUCAGAGAAACCGCAAAGCACAGAAAUGGUCGAAGAGUUGGACGGCGUUGAAAAGCGAACUUCGUUUAGCCCCAGAUCUUUGCCGAGAAGAUGUCUUUCUGUAGAAGGAGCUACGACGACGAAUAGAGCGAGUUCAUUUUCAGGACACCGACCAGCUUCGAUCUAUUUGGAAAUGGAAUAUAUGAAAAGAUCCCAGUCUAGCAAAAGUAGACGCACUAGGAGCAAUUAUUCCGUUGCGCGUUCUUAUAAACGGGGACCGCCGCCGUCGCCUAGAAUUAUGUCUCCGAUGGGAUUUGCCGUUCAUCGACAGGUUUAUGCCGAUGAUAUUGAUUUUGAUUACGAUUACUAUUCUGGUACGGAUGAUCAGGAAAGACAACCGAUCAAGCCCGUGCCUAUUUGGCUGUGUGUCUUUCUGGUCGUCAGUUAUAUACUUGGCGGCGCUUACCUCUUCAACCGAUGGGAAGGUUGGCCGUUCCUUGAAUCGGCUUACUUCUGUUUCAUCACGUUGACCACCAUCGGUUUUGGCGACUAUGUGCCGGCGUUGGACGCGCAGAAGGGCAUCGCCCUUUGUUCUCUCUACCUGCUAUUUGGAAUUGCCUUGCUGGCAAUGAGCUUUAAUCUGGUGCAAGAGGAAGUCAUCAACAACGUGAAGAGCGUCGCGAAGAGACUGGGUAUCAUCAAAGAGAGCGAUGAUGAGGAGAAAGAGGAGGAAGAAGCCGAGGACUACGACGAAUACGAUGCCGAGUAUGAAGAUGAGGUCUAUGAAAACGAGCCCAAGCUCUGA